AUGACAGACAUCUUUAAUUUAACUGAAGUUCAACCAAAUCAAAAUCGUCAAAAAUUGGGCAAUCGACGACAUAUAUCUAUUGCUGUUCCACUUGUUGAUCAUUCUGAAUCGGCAAAAUUGCCGUACCCACCAAAGAUUAAACGCACAACCACAUUCCCUAUUUCCAAUCAUAGAACAUUAUCGCCAACAUCUAGAAGUUUACGUUCGCCAGUGCGCCCUACGACUCCCAAACGUUCGUCGAAUAUUAAAAAUAUCUAUCGUCAUGUUUCUAAAUCGAAGAAUACAUCAGAAGAUCAUGAAAUAUCAUCAGGUAGCUAUCAAAUGGAUCGUCAGGCCUUAUUAGCGCAAAUGCACCCAGACCUAUUGGCUACUCUUUCGGAAGACAGCGGUUCUACUAGAGCUGGUGCUGAAAGUGUCAGUAGCUUUGAUAGCGAAUCUAUAGCAAGUCGUUCAUCUCGCUCUAGAUUAGCUUCGCCAAAUUUUUCCAUGGUUAGCGAAGUGAUGGAUAAAGGGAUUGAUGAUGAUGGCCUUCCCUCUUCAUCUAUCCAAAAAUCGCACCGACGUAGUAUAGCUGUACCUAGUAACAAUAUUAAAUCGAAACAAGAAAAUAGAAGGGUAUCAUUGGCGUUUCCUAAAGCGGCCAAUUUAUUAAGUAGUAAAGCAAAGGGUAUUCUCUUUUUACAAUCUCGCCGGGCAUCAAUAAACCCUAAUAGACGUAAUCCAUCGUCACGACGUACGAGUAUGAAACCUUCGACGAGUAAUCUGUUUGAUAUCAGCACAACCGAUGGAAUUGAAGAACCACCGCCAUUAUCACCUAAAGAACGACCCCAUGUUUGCACGCAUUUAUCAUUGGAAGGGCAAUAUGUCUUAUUAAAAUGUUACGAAGAUGUACUUGUCAAUAAAUUAUCUAAAGUAUUUCCUGGUACAUGGAAAGAAUUAUUGCGUUGUCGAUCGCCUAGCUUAAGAGGUGACGAAACUAUCGAUCGAAAUGAAAUGCUGUGUACUGGUACAAAUCAUUUAGAUAAUAUGAACGAUAAAAGAAGCAACGAAUAUACGCAAGUAGAGGAAGAAAAUAACGAACUAGACGAUCUCUUUGGCAUUAGUAUAAUCAAAGGGAAAAAGGGAGGAAAUAGCUCGCGUAAAAAUCAAAGUAAACCAUCUUUGCCACUGCUUCAUGUUCCGAAGUGUAAAUUACAAUUAAGUUUACGUUUUCGUACAGCUACAGAUUUAUUAGAUGCUCUAAAAUUGGAUCCUAGCGAGCCGAUCCAGUGUCAGAAUAAAUUAAGUGAGAAGUGGAUUGAAAAUUUAGUUCAUCAUCCUUUAAAACAUUUUUCAAAAUGGUCAAACACAUGGCAAACCGACUUUGCAUUUCAAAGUGCUCCAAGCGAACAAUUAAUGUUGCAAAAUAAAUAA